AUGAACGAUUUCAACAACUACAACUCCCAAUGGGUGUCAUUCCACAUCCGGGACCAUCUGAAAGAUGAGGUCUCCGUGCACCACACUGUGAUUGAAGGCGGGGAGUUCUACAACCCGGAAAACCGCCGCAUGUCCCUGACCGAAGAAGAGGUCGACGAGAUCAAGAUCUCUGGCGGCGGAGUCGGGGAAAUCGGAGCCCAGGGCCGCCGAGGCAGUGAAGGCCGUCUCGACCUUUUUCGUGGCGAUGAUAAGAUUUUCGUGCAUGGGGGAUGGAGCCCAGAGGCUGGCCCUCUGGGACAUGUCUACGUUGACAUCACGGAGAGAGAAAAGAAGGCAAAGGAGUAG